GUACACCCAUUGCCAGUUGCACACCCCGUGCUCGACGUGUAAACAAUUCCAGCGACGUUCUGCAUUCAUUUUCCCCUUGUCCAUCCGCGGCUUUUCAAGGAGUGGCCUGUCAUUGAAUUACUGCAGCACAACCCAACUGCCAUCACCACCACUCCAUCCACCGUCUCUCCCUCACCAUCAUGUCCGCCAAAUCCAUCCUCGAGGCCGACGGCAAGGCCAUCCUCAACUACCACCUCACCCGCGCUCCUCUCAUCAAGCCCACCCCACUGCCGCCCCCAUCCACCCACAACCCUCCCGCCAAACUCGCCUCCAUCAAGUUCGAAGCCGGCGACGACAUCAACGGCGUCCUCGAUGCCGCCGAGGCCCAGUUCCCCUUCCUCCUCGCACCCGGUGCCAAAUUCGUCGCCAAGCCAGAUCAGCUCAUCAAGAGACGAGGCAAGUCGGGUCUGCUGAAGCUCAAUGCCACAUGGCCCGAGGCCAAGGAGUGGGUGGCCGCGAGAGCGAACAAGGCCCAGAAGGUCGAGCAUGUCGAGGGACACUUGAGGACGUUCCUUGUUGAGCCGUUUGUGCCGCAUCCCCAGGAGACCGAAUACUACAUCAACAUCAACUCUGUCCGAGAGGGCGACUGGAUCCUCUUCUACCACGAAGGCGGUAUCGACGUCGGCGAUGUCGAUGCCAAAGCCGAGAAGAUGCUCAUCCCCGUCGACCUCUCCCAAUUCCCCAGCAACGAGGAGCUGGCCGCUGGCCUACUCAGACAAGUCCCCAAGGGCCUGCACAACGUCCUCGUCGACUUCAUCUCCCGCCUCUACGCCGUUUACGUCGACUCCCAAUUCACCUACCUCGAAAUCAACCCAUUGGUCGUCAUCCCCAACGCCGAUGCCACCUCCGCUCAAGUCCACUACCUCGAUCUCGCCGCCAAGCUCGACCAGACUGCUGAAUUCGAGUGCGGUGCCAAAUGGGCCGUUGCUCGCUCGCCCGCCGCUCUCGGCAUGCCAGUUGGUGCUCCCAAGGACGGCAAAGUGAGCAUCGACGCCGGCCCACCCAUCGACUUCCCCGCCCCCUUCGGCCGCGAGAUGAGCAAGGAAGAGGCCUACGUCGCUGAAAUGGAUGCAAAGACCGGUGCUUCCCUCAAACUCACCAUCCUGAACUCUCAGGGCCGCAUCUGGACCCUCGUGGCCGGUGGUGGUGCGUCAGUCGUGUACGCCGACGCCAUUGCCUCCGCCGGCUUCGCUUCCGAGCUGGCCAACUACGGCGAGUACUCGGGUGCGCCGACGGAGACGCAGACCUUCCACUACGCCCGCACCGUCUUUGACCUCAUGCUGCGCGCCCCGCAACACCCCGACGGCAAGGUCCUCUUCAUCGGAGGCGGCAUUGCCAACUUCACCAACGUCGCCAGCACCUUCAAAGGCGUCAUCCGCGCGCUCCGCGACGUCGCGCCCCUGCUCGUCGAGCACAACGUGCACAUCUGGGUGCGCCGCGCCGGCCCCAACUACCAGGAGGGCCUGAAGAACAUCAAGGCCGUCGGCAAGGAGCUCGGGCUCACCAUGAAGGUCUUUGGGCCGGAGAUGCACGUCUCGGGCAUUGUGCCGCUGGCGCUCGUGCCGGGCAAGUGGAAUGAGAGUAUCAAGGAGUUUGAGGGUUAGAGUGUUGUAAUCGUGGUCAUGGGCGAUGGCGAAGGAGUAGAUUAGAGUCUUGUCUUAACUUUGUAUGUUGCUUGGCGCUGUAGAUCAUGGGCGAAGCUCUGCUUUUUCACUGAAUCAAGAAGACCUCCCUCUGAGACCAA